GGUGAGCUCGGGAUCGUGUCUCAGGGCCAAUGUCGGGGAAGACACCGUAUAAGCCAGCUGGGCAGUUACGGCCCUCAAGUGCAUGUGUGUGGUAGGCAUGUGCAGGUGUGUGCAGGUGUGUGCGGGCGUGUAAAGGCGUGUGAAGGCGGUGGGAGUGCCAGAGAGCCCGCACCGAAUGACAGCAGCUUACAAAGACUGCGUGACCCCGAGGAUGACACUCAGGCCCAAGUCCCCUGAGCGGCUGCCUGGGCAGCCCCUGGCCGGGGUGACCUCCAGCCCCCGCUCCACCAGACCCAGGCCGGCAAGGGCUAGGGCUUCCUGGAGUGGGGUGUCCGGCUGGGACCUAGAGGCCCGGAGGGGUUGAGCAGACGCAGGAAGGUGCUGGGGGUAGGCGAGACUCCCCUUUGUGGGGGGACCCGGGUUGGGGAGAGGACCUCAGACUCCGACCGCUCGGCGCCCCCUCUCCGGGGCUGGGGCAGCCCGCCGCAGGCCUGAGGAAGCGGGGCCCAGUGGAAGGGGGGUGCUGGUGGGUCACGAGGAGAGCCGGCAGGACCUGGGGGGAGGCUGCGCGGUGCUGGCCAUCACAGGUGACAGGAGUCAGCCUCUGCUCGGAACACUUCAUCGCUGCCCAAUUAUCGCCUCGGAAACCCUCAGCAACCCCCGCCGGGCCUCGGGCUCUGUUCUGCUGCCUCAGAGAAGAGGUCAGGCUGGCUCCCCACCGCCCGGGAUGCGGGGCUCUAUCCCGCCCUGCUCCGCCGCCCCCUUUCUCCGCAGGCAGGGGUGAAGGUGCAGAGCGUGGGCCUCCAGCCCCCGGCCUCACCCAGAGCAGGGCAGUUCAGGGCUGCAGUGGGGGACAGGGAGAGGGAGGGGAAGCUGUGCAGGGGUAGGGAGCCUGGGAGCAGAGCUGGUCAGGUGCUCCUUGGAUGGCCUUAGAAGGAGGGGCCUGUGUUGGCAGGGAAGGCAGGCCAGAGCGACCACAGGGGAGGUCUGCUCUGCGCUAGGCUCCAGGCAGCAACGCCCCCCAUUCAGGCCCCUUUGGGGUUCCAAUCCUCUGGUUCGAGGGUUCUGGGCUUCCAGACGCCAGGUGCUGGUCUGCGGGGCUAAGAGGCCUAUUUGGAGAGGAAGUCUCCCUCCCAGACGCACAGCCCAGGGAAUCACACCCCCCACCGCACCCUCCUCUGAGGACCAGCCUCCUGCUGGCACCGGCGGCUCUGUGGCCCCGUCCUUUGGUCCUUUCUGCCUGGCUCCCACCUGCCUCUGGGGCCCCUGACGGCAGGCCCCCUGCCCCACUGCCUGGCUCCCUGGGUGAGGGGGCUGGGGGUACUGCUCACCCAGGCCUGGGGACUCAUAGCCCUGGGACUUUCUGGGUCCCCCUGCCUACCCGGGGCCUCCCCCCCAGCUAGUCUCCAGGAAAUCCCCAGGUGGUCCGCAGUGAGCAGCCCUUAGAGCCCAGCGUGUGAGCACCACCUCCGUGGGGGCAAGGGGGUCGGCAGGAACGGUCAGAGCCCCCUCCAGCUCAUGGCCCGCCGCCUCCUCCCCGACCAGGGCCACUGCUGUACUGGCUGCAGGACCCUGUUCUUGUGCAGUAGGAGCUGGACCGCUGGGGUCUGCCUGCUGCUACUCACCGGCGCCCUGCCUGCCCAGCUUGGCCCCGGCCUGUGGUCCCGGCCUGCCACCUGUGGGGCCCUCCUGGGUCCUGGGGCCUCACUCCGGUACCACCCCAGAUUCCCCGGUGGGGGGGCCCUCUGCAGGCCCAGCUCCUCCCCCUUCUCCUCAGGAGGGGUCUGCUUUGCUCCUUGCUUGCUCUGUCCGCGCUGGGGGCUGGGGACGGCUGCCUGGGAGCGGGGCGGAGUUGGGGGGACACCUGCACGCCCUGCCCCACCCUCCUGGCCUGCCUCUCUGUCCUCUGGGUGCUUCCCGUAGGGGAGCUGGGCCCUGGGGAGGCCGGGCCACAGAGGAGGCCUGGGGAGGCAGAGACAGGGCCAGGGCCUGGGCCACAGGGUGGCAGAGGUGAGACCCGGCCCAAGGCAGAGAGGAAGGUAGACUGGGUGGGCAGAGGGACAGAGAAAUGGGGACCCCAGGAGCGCGGCAGCGAGAAGGGCACGGUUUCCUUCUCAAGGAGACACUCUCACCCUGUUUUCACAGAGGUUCCAAGAGGUGGGAGGCCCUGCCCCGGGCUGUUCGGCAAGUGAGAGGCGGGUCCCCCGGCCACACCUGCCCCGCACCUGCAGCAGCCAGGUGGCCUCCGAGAGCGCCCGGCAUGCGGAGCCGGGGUGGUGGGGGGUGGGCAGCGGCGGCAGGAGCCCCGUCAGCGCCAGGCGCACGCGUGGCCACACGCAUGCCCGACAGACCUGAGAUGGGGGCUGGGCACGGGCCGGGGGGGCCAGGGGAGGCAGAGGUGUCUGGCGGGGGGGGCUCCGACGGAGCGCCUAGAGCGGAGGGAACAUCUUCUUUCCAGUCCCCCCCCCCCAACUUCCUCUUGUCUCCGGCUUGGCAGGGUGUGUGUGCGGCGUCCUGUCCCUGGAACAGGCAGCCUGUUCGUUCCGGGCCCCCACACACCAGACCCUCUCCCCCUCCCUCCUUCCUGCCUCCUGCCUCAGCGCCUCCCCCCACCCGAGCUCCGAGGAAAGUUUGUAUUUUUCCGAUGAGGCUGGCACAGAGGGCCCCGACCCAGCUGCUCCCUGUGCCCUGCUGGCGUCCCCCCUCCCGCAGGGCCACGAGGUCACACCCCAGGCCCUGGAGACCACCCUCCCUGCUGUCAGCCAGGAUGGAAGGGGGAAACUGAGCCCUGGAGAGAGCCAGGGACGUGUCCGGGCUCCAUGACAAGGGGGCCAGAGCCAGGGCACUGUGUGGGGGGCAAGGUCCGCAGGCUCCCGGAGGCCCUGUGAGCUCAGUCUGCACCCUGCGCAACGGUGGGUAAGUUCUCUCAUUCCUGUGCCUUCUGGACAUCUGCAUUCUGCCCUGUAAAGAAGCUUGGCUCUACUCAGUCCGGGGGUGAGUCACCUGUUCCACCCAGAGCAGCUCCCAAGCCCGGCCCGGCAGGCCCUCAGCAAGGUGGCCCACAGGGGGUGCAGAUCACCCCCUAAAGCGGGGACAUCACCCUGACCCGCACGCCGGCCCUGGAGGAUGGGGCCCAGGAGGACCCGGGCUGCUUGUGGCUCUGGGCAUGCCGUCAGCAGGGUCACCGCCCUCGGAAUGGCGGGCUCCCGCAGGUCAGGCCUGGGUGCCGAGGCUCGGGCUCUUGCCCUCCAGGGCAUCAGGGCAGAUCCCCGAACCAGGACCAGGGCAGGAGGGAUACUACUGCAGGGUGGGGGCGCGGGAGAUCUCCGUGGCCUUGCUCCCAGAGGCGCUGUGCAGGGGGGGAACCCUGGACAGGGCGGGGGGCCCAGGACACGCUGCUCACACGCGGCUCGCCGUCUGAGCGCCCACAUGGGGUCUGGGUCUCAAAUGUCCCCUUGGCGUGGCAGGUGCCUCGGGCUGGGUCUGAGCAUUCCCAGAGCACUGGACGGGCGCUGGGGCCCUGCUUCCGGGCCCCGCUUCUCCUUGAGGUGCUGUGACCCCCUGCACAUGCCACAGGCCCUCUGGCCCCGGCGCCCUCCUUGUCACACCACGGGCUGCACCGCGUGGAGCCCGAUGGCAGUGGCACGUGGUGACGACGACUGGGCCGGACCUCUGGCCGCUCUGUUCACCCCACCACGAAUGUCCUAUCUGACCCGUGCCACGUCACCCCUGAUUCCAAUGACAAAGGCCUCUCUGGUCUUAAAAUCGAAGCCCAAAAACUCAGCAUGGUUUUACAUGUUGUCUAAAUCUGAGCCCAUUGUCACCGCCUCCAGGAAGCCUUCCCAGUCUCUUAGCGAUUUGUUAACUGGAUCGUUUGUGGCCUUGUCCCUCGUACGUGCUGCCUCAGAGCCCCUGAGCACGAUGUCUUCCUCUCUGUGUUGGUUUAUGAGCGUGAACGUGUAUGUAUAUGUGCGCACACGCAUUUGUGGGGUGUGUGUGUGUGCGCGCGUGCGCACGCGUCAGUGCCUUCCUGAUCUUCUGUCCCAGCCAGGCAUGCUCUCGCCCACUGGGCCUGUGCUGGGCCCGUGGAGUGGACGAUACCCAGCGCUCAGCUUUCCCGGCACCCCAGGUGUUCCGGAGCCAGCGGCCGGAGGAGCCCUGACGAUGGGGAGAGCUGGUGGCCGAGCACAGGACCUGGCUGCUGUCCCUUCCUCUGUCUCCCCGGCCAGGCUCCAGGCUGGCCUCCAGCCCCCCGAGAGUGGGGAAUGGUCCAAGAUUGCUGCGGAGCGGACGCACAGCGUGGCGCAUGAAGGUUGUCUGUGCGCCCCGCCUCCUGUCUGAGCUUCUCGCACGUCACGGACUCAUCCAAGGGCACAUUCCCUCGUCCCUGGCCAGAGCGGGACGGCGCGGGGCAAGCACUGGGGGACAGACCUCUAAGCAAGGGCCGGGGCAUCAGGGGCAGGCUGGCUGCGGGCUUGGGCUGCGGGCGGCCACAGAGGGAGGAGGACCCCCCUGAUUCCGGGGGGUCAGCGCCACCCACCACCGCUGGAGCAAGACUGUCCCCCGCUCCCGUGACUGCCCCGUGGGCGGCUGUCCUCCAGGAUGCGGUGCUCGUCCCUUACCUGCAGGCAAGGGGACGCCGGGCCCCAUCGGCUCGGGAAUGGAUGCAGGGCUGGACUCCAGGGCUCUUCCCACCGCAGCCUAGCCCCCAGACCCAUGGCCGCCCUGCCCUCUGCUCUGUCUUCUCCGGCCUCGCCAGCCACUGACAUCCUAGGCCCGUCCAGGACCCGGGCGCCACCUGCCGGCUGCGUGCCCGCCCAGCACGCUCUCUGGCCUCCCCCCACCCCUGCCCCCUCCCGUCCUCCCCCCCUCCUCCUCCCCCUCCUCCCCCGCCCCUCUCUCCCUCUGCUGCACUUCAGUCCCUCUGUCUCCAGGCCUGAUGCCCACUGGUCUGACCCCUCAGCCAGCCCUGCGGUGUCACCGCUGCCACCUCCAAACCUGGAGUUCUGGGGAGAGCCCAGGGCCCCCGGGGGUGGUGUCAGCUCACCACAUCCAGACACACACACACACACACACACACACACACACACACACGCCCCUCCAAGUGGAGAAAAGGGCCCUUUCUGCCCAGCAGGCCCCAGACCCUGCCCCCCAUCAGGCCUCUGCAGGGCCCACCCCCUUCACUUCCAAAACUUCAGCUAAAGCCACAGCUUCCACAACCUGCCUCUUUGGCCUCCUCCUGCCAGGGCCAAUGGGAGCCGGCACCGGACCCCACUUCUCCCUCCCAGGGCCGGUGGGAGCCGGCACCGGACCCCACUUCUCCCUGCACUUGAGUGGGGCUCACCCACCUAUCCCAGAACCCUCAGGCUCCCCCCAGGGCCCCAUGUGUCCCCACAGGUGGGGCUCAGGGUCUUGGCUCCUUCAGACCUGGGUCUGGGCAGGGCCUGGGAAUGCAGGAGCCUCAGGGAGGGCGUCAGACACCCCCAGCCUCAGCUGUAAAGAGCCCAAGGCAGCCACCCUGACCCGGAACAAGGCAGUCAGGGGGCUCCCUCCCUAGGCACUGCUCCCCCCAGAGCCAUGCAGGGGCCAGAGACGGAUGACUGAGGUGGCACCAUCACCGGGGCAGAGGCGUCGACUGAGUGACUUACGGGGUUCUGCCCCAUUUCUGCGGCAGGAGCAGCCUGCGGAGCCCCCAGCCCCCUGCAUGCCCCUGCUGGAAAUGAGCCCCUCACUUCGGUCUGACCACCACACGCUGAGCCCACGUUCCCUGAACUGAGUGGACACUGCUUUUUUCUACAUAAAAAUAAAACACCUUGACAGAAGCCCACAAGGAUCUCAGUGUCAAGUUGCCAGUGAACCCAGACAGCCGUCCAGGCCCGCAGGCUCAGCUGCCUGUGGUAGGAACAGAUGUGGCCAUUACCCAAGGCCAGCCUCGGUAAGGAGGCAGUCCCCUAAAGCCCACUGCCACCAGGGAGGGGCCCAGGGCCAGGCCAUAGCCUCCCUGGGGACAAACUGAAGACAGUGAAAGUAACUUCCCCUGCCAGCCCACAUCUGGGGCAGGAGGUUGGGGGGCAGGGCAAGCCUUAAAUCUGUAGAUAGUCGUUUGAGCCAAUCGUGGAAAAAGUUUUCAGUCCACUCAGCUUUGGAGCCUGAUCUCACCAUUAUCAUCCUUGUCACCAUUCUUGGCAUUCGCCUGGCCAACAUCCUCAUCACCUCUACCACAACCAAAUGCCAGUUGUCACCAGGACUAGCACGGACCAACACCUUCAGCGUCUCCUUCACCAUAUCACAUUGCGAUCACCGUGAUUAUCACCAUCAUCAGCACCACCACCAUCCCCGUCACCACCACCAUCGUCCUCCUCACCCUCGACACCA